AGAGUAUCCCGGCAAAUUUGUAAAAAAAAGGGCUACCAUUCUUCCAACUGUGCCGGCCUCAACCGCAACAACCGACAAUCGGCGACAGGGACGGCAGACAUUCUCUCGUCUCGCGUCUCGAACGCCUCGACCUCUCCCUAUCGCACAGGCAGCCGUAGCAACCCUCUCUCGUUUCCGCCCCUCUCUGAGAGAUCACAAUCAAGUUUGUGAACUAUGUUACCACCGCGGAUGAAGCAGGCCAUCACAGAUAACCCAAAGAAGCUGGCAAACUUGAUUGAUCUUGUAAAUCUUCCUACGCCAUUAAGGGAGUUUAUGGGUCAGUCUCAGACUUCUCGUCUUGGUUGUUUCAUGCGUGUCUGGUCAUAUAUCAAGGAGAACAAUCUUCAGGAUCCCAACAACAAGAAUGUGGUGAAUUGUGAUCAAAAGCUGAGGAGUAUUUUAUUGGGCAAGCCUCAAGUUGAGUUAGUUGAGCUUCCUUCACUGAUCAAGCUCCAUUUUCCAAAGAAAUCAAGCUAAAUUGUCUAUUUACUAUUACGUGCCUUCUCCACACUCCCCAAAGGUGUCUCUCAAGCAAGAAGCUUCCGAUAACCCUCAAAUUUUGCAUGUUGUAAUAAGAUUUGUAUUUUGUUUUCAUUCUUAGUUUUGUAAGAAAUUAAAAUUAGUAAUUCGCUACUUUAUUUUCACCACUUUUGUAAUGAAAACAAGUCAAACCUUUUU